CAGCGGGAGGAGGAUUGCAGAAAUAGCCUUUAAAGCUUGCAGGGUAAACCUGUAUCCCGAAACCAGCUACUGCGCUAUGUUGGCAAGACACGCUGACCCAGGAUUUGAUCCACCCAGUUUUAUCAGCCUGCUUUUUUUCCAGGGCAGGGCAGGGUGGCAACUUCUAGAUGACCGUGGCUGGUUCCCCCCCCGCCCCCCCCCCAAAAAAACUGAAUAGGUUGAAUCAGCCAAAAUCCAAGGAAUGAAAAAUACUGUUCCAAAGAAUGAUAAAAAGAAAAGAAAACAGCUGCUGGAUGAUGUUGCCAAGCUGGAAUCUGAGUUGGAAGAGAAGCACAAAGAGGAACUAAAGAAGUUAAAAGAAACAUUACUUGAACAGAAUAAAGAAUAUUUGGCAGGUCUAAAUAUUGCAAAGCUGGAGAUUGAGAACAGCAGAGAACAGACCCAGCCUGCUAGAAUAUCAAAAGCACAGAAGAGGCGGGAUAAAAAAGCAGCCCUGGAAAAAGAAAGAGAAGAAAGAAUAGCAGAAGCUGAGAUAGAAAAUUUAACAGGUGCUAGGCACCUUGAAAGCCAGAAACUUGCAAACAUUUUAGCCUUAAGGCAGUUGGAAAUUAAGCAAAUCCCAUCUGAUGGUCAUUGCCUGUAUAGAGCUAUUGAAGAUCAGCUCAAAGAGCAACAAAACUUGUGGACAGUUUCAACACUUAGAAGUCAGACUGCAGAGUAUAUGAGAAGUCACGUGGAUGACUUUCUACCAUUUCUGACAAACCCAAAUACAGGAGAUUUGUACAGCCAAGAGGAAUUUGAAAAAUACUGUUCUGAUAUAGCAAACACUGCUUCAUGGGGUGGUCAGUUAGAACUACGAGCUUUAUCACAUAUCUUGCAAACACCAAUUGAAGUAAUUCAGAUGGAUUCCCCUCCUAUUAUUGUUGGUGAAGAAUACAGUAGGAAACCACUAAUACUUGUGUACAUGAGACAUGCGUAUGGAUUAGGAGAACAUUAUAAUUCUGUAAAAACUCUAUUGGAGAACACUGCAGAAAAUGAAAGCUAAUACACAGUUCAUCAGAAGACAUGAAUGAUGGUCACAAUUCUACAAAAUGUCUCUAUAUAGGUCUUAAAAUACAUUCUCAAUUCUUUAAUAAGGCAUACAGGGUUAUACAAACACACGUAUAUGGUAUGUGUGUCUGUACAUAUGACAUCUGUUAUCAGCACUACUCAGUUUAAAUCAUGUUUUUUUAAAAAAAUUCUGAUGUGUUUCUAAUGUAUCAAUAAAUUGUGGGUUAUAUU